CCAACCUCACAAUAUCAUAGCCGUAGAACACUUAUUACUUACUUAUUAGCUAGUACUCAGCAAGGUUAAUAUCUCUCUCAUACAAAACCACCAUAAAUACCCAUCAUUCCUCCCAAUCACCCUCCCCAACCUCAUCACGCGACCCUGCACUGCACCUGCACCGCACAUCCGCGAUCCGAUACUGAAUCAGAUAUUGAAUUUCCCCGCAACUCUUCUUUUCUGUGUGGUUUUGGCUUUUAUGCUUUCAUGCUUUCAUGCAUACAUGCGUACAUACAUACAUACUGUACAUGCAUUUUCCUCUAUCAUACUGUAGGUUAAUCGUGCAUCACGUCAUUGAUUUCUGGCUGCGUUUGAGGUGUUAUAGUCUUGCGGUUUCUUUCUCUCUGUCGUCCAUCGUAUCUAUAUCGAUAUCUUACACAUCAAAGCGAUACCCGAAAUCAAUACAUUGGAUAUUUCAAUUUUGAUUCGAGGUGCGCAUACACACAGAGAUAUACACACACGAGAAACACCACACCCAAAUAACCAACCGACUACCGAAACGAGGAAUACCUACACCGGUACCCUACUCCAGCAGCCUACCUAACCAUCGCAUCUCACUCUCCUCCCAACAAUGUUCGAAGCACGACUAGAGCGAAAAGAAACCCAAAGACCACAGAGCUUGGGAAAAACUUCAGAUGUGAAGAAUGAGGAUAUGGCUCUUGAUGCUGCGGGAUUGUUUCCUAUUAAGGAACCCUACUUCCUCACCGCCAAAUUCUGGAAACGUUUUUCCGUCUACGCCUCCGUGAUUCUCUCGAUCGCCUCUCUCGUCAUCUCCUCCAUCGCAUCUUUAAAACGUAGUUCGGAUGUUGAUAUGAAAGCCCUAAUAGUAACCAGCAUAAUCAUCAACGCUCUCUCAGUCACUCUCUCGGCCCUCACCUCCCUCGAUUGGCAAAGCCAAGCAACCAUUGAUCGAAAGUUUGCGCAGAUGUUGAGUCAGAUUAGUCAUGUGCAUGAGGGGAGGGAGGGGGGGAGGAUAGUAGUUUUGGGGAGGGGGAGGGAGGGAGUGGAGAGGUUGAUGGGGGAGAUGGGGAUUGGGAAGGCAUUUUGA